CACACACACACACACACACACAGUAUCCCCCUAAAACGUUGCUUUAAUACAAAAUCCUAUAUUUUAGGGGUUUUGGUAUACAAAUAAGAGACUGGCGUAUGUUACAGACUGCCUUUGCUGCUCCAAUUCCCAGUUUAUUAGUAAUAUUAUUUCAGGCUGCUUGUCAUUGCCUGGACUCAGAUCCCGGAUUCUUCAUGAUUUGCGGACAUCAUGCUCGUUUUUUAGCCGGGAAACCCUCUUUUCGUCCCGCAUGUUCAGGACCAAACGAUCGGGGCUCGUCCGGCGACUCUGGAGGAGCCGUGCGCCCGGGGAGGGCGACGGGGAGGCGGAUACCCGUGCGCUUGGAACUGGGGGCUGCUGCAUGGGGAAAUCGGCAAAGGUUUCCAAAUCUAACCCCGGAACGGAGGCUGAACUAAAAGCCUUGACCCAUUUGAUACUGAAAAAAAUUAAAGAGAAACAAUUAGAGGCGCUUUUGCAGGCAGUGGAUUCUAAAGGGGGUGCCCGGAGCCCCUGUCUUCUCCUGUCUAGCAAGGUGGACUCCAAACUGGGUCAGCAUUCGUACUCGCUCCCUUUGCUGCUCUGUAAAGUGUUCAGGUGGCCGGAUCUCAGGCAUUCCUCGGAAUUAAAGAGGCUAUCUUGCUGUGAAUCUUAUGGAAAAACUAACCCAGAGCUGGUUUGCUGCAAUCCCCACCAUAUGAGCAGGCUCUGUGAAUUAGAGUCUCCCCCUCCUCCCUACUCUAGAUAUCCAAUGGACUUUCUCAAACAACCUGAUUCUCCUGACUCCGUGCCUUCCUCCACUGAAACUGGGGGAACUCAUUUUCUGGCCCCUGGGGGGCUAUCAGAUUCCCAGGUUCUUCAGGAGCCAGGGGAUCGAUCUCACUGGUGCGUGGUGGCAUACUGGGAGGAGAAGACACGCGUGGGACGCCUGUACUCUGUCCAGGAGCCAUCCCUGGAUAUUUUCUAUGACCUACCUCAAGGGAAUGGCUUCUGCCUCGGACAGCUCAACUCGGACAAUAAGAGCCAGCUGGUGCAGAAAGUGCGCGGCAAGAUCGGCUAUGGGAUCCAGCUCACCAAGGAGGGAGAUGGCGUGUGGGUGUACAACCGCAGCUGCUACCCCAUUUUCAUCAAGUCGGCCACACUGGACAACCCGGACUCGCGGACGUUGCUGGUUCACAAAGUGUUCCCGGGUUUCUCCAUCAAGGCCUUUGAUUAUGAGAAGGCCUACAGCUUGCAGAGGCCUAAUGACCACGAGUUCACCCAGCAGCCCUGGACCUGCUUCACUGUACAGAUCAGCUUUGUGAAAGGCUGGGGCCAGUGCUACACAAGACAGUUUAUCAGUAGCUGCCCGUGCUGGCUGGAGGUUAUUUUCAAUAACCGAUAGCCACCUCUUAUCAAGCUGAACAGGACUAACCCCGUUUUCUAGGGGUGGAAAAAUACAGUGCUAAAAUAAAAAAAAAGAACCCAAGGACUUCUUUAAUAAAAAAAAAAGAUUUAAUAAAGAAAAAUGUAUUUUAUGUUAUAUAAUAAAUAUAUUAUUACUUGUAAAUAUGAAGACGUUUUAUAAGCAUCAUUAUUUAUGUAUUGUGCAAUGUGUUAACGAGAAGAAAAAAUAAGAUGCACUUUGCUUAAUAUAAAUGCAAAACAAGAAAUGCCAAAAUAAAAAAAAAAUUAAAAAAAUAAACACAAGAUUGGUGUUUUUUUAUGGGUGAUGACACCCAGUUGAAUGUUUUUUAAAAAGGAGUUAAUGUUCUAUUAAAAAAAUAAAACUGUACACCUUUAACUUUAA